AUGUCGUGUAUCAUGAGGUGCAACAACUCCGACCAGGAGGUUGUUAUCGACGAACAAACUGGCUUGCCCGUUAAGACCCAUGACUACAGUGAAAAACCAUCGGUCAUUUACAAGCCAUCGACCAAUGUUCCUCAAAACACCAUCCUCGAGAUUCCACCACCAAAGGAACUGGAGACUCCCAUCACCUUCAACCCUACCGUCGACACAUUCUUCGAUGCCGACAAAAACCAAUUGGUUGUAUUGAUGGAACUACCAGGCUUCAGCCACAACGACAUUACUGUUGAAUGUGGUUUCGGUGAACUUAUCAUUAGCGGACCUCGUGCGAAGGAUGAGCUCUACGAAAAAUUCGGUAACAACUUGGACAUUCACAUCCGUGAACGUAAGGUUGGUUACUUCUACAGGAGAUUCAAGCUACCACACAACGCUCUUGACAAGUCAAUCUGUGUGACCUACUCUAACGGUAUCUUGGACAUCAGAGUUGAAUGCUCUCAAUUCUCGGAGAUGCGCCGCAUCCAAAUCGACUCAAAGGCUUGA